AUGUUGUUUGGAUCCCCGUUGUUGUUUGGAUCCGCCAACGUAGGAUAUAUUCUAGGAAAAAAUCUGGUAGUUUGUCUUCUCGGAGGGUUACUUGCUUAUGUAGUUGGACAAUACUUCGCCGAACUAUCAUCUUUCGCCCAAGAGAAGGAGUUACUACUGAAGGAGUUAGAAGAAGCCUACCUGAUGAACCUAAGUCUUCUCGACGAAAUUGAGACCAGUAGUGAUAAUGAAGAACUGCUAGUCGAAAGGAAUGAAGAUCUGGACAAGGAUUUAGCAGAGGAACAGUUUCGCGUCGAAGAGCUUCUCAAAAUUAUUGAUGAAGAUCAAACGAGGCUGAGCAAAGCCGAGAACAAUAACGAGGAGCUGAUUUCUGAGAAUCUGUUUCUAAGGAAGAAGAAUGGAAAAUUUCAAGAUGUGAUCGUCCAGCGAAAUAAGGAGGUUGACAAGCUAGAGGAACAGCUGAAACUCAAAGGCACAGAAUGUGCAAAGAACGGUAAAGUUAUUCGAGAACUGAGGAAUGAAAUAGUCGAUAACGAGGUAUAUUGUGGCGUUCUCGAAGAAAAGGUGAAAAUUCAGGAAGAAGAAGGAGAGAAAACGAAGCAGCUGGUUUCAGACCUCAAAGAAAACCUACAAGAGUUUCAAGAUGAAGUUAGUUUUCUUCGUGCCAGAAAUUGUGAUCUUCAGAGCAGGCUGGAAAGAAUGGCGCACGAGAAUUUAGGUCUGGAGAGGAAGGUGCAAAUACUUCAAGAUGGAAAUCAACACCUUCAAAAGGAUCUGGCUCUUAAGGAAUCGCAGAUUGUCGCAUCGAUGGAAGCGCUGCACGAUGAAAGGAGGAAAAAUGAGAUCCUGGCAGAAGAGCUGCUAGUGAUGAAAAAGUGGAUCGCAGAAUUAGCAGGAGAAAAGGAAAAAAUAAACGAUUCACUCGUGGAAAAAGAUUGCGACAUUAGCUCAUUAGUUGAAGAUAUGGAAAUAGAGAGAGAGAAGAAUCGCCUUCUGGCUGAAGAACUCCAAGUGCUAAGAAACUGGAUCGCUGAGUUAGCAGGAGAAAAGGAGAAACUGAAAGAGAGAUUGGCAGAAAAGGAAAUGGAAGCAAAUGCGGUUGAAAAAGUCGCAGAACUGCUUGAAACGACGAAAGAAAAAGUGAUAGCACGCGAGAGUACCUUGAAACAGGUACGGGAACGGCUUGGAGAGGCAGAAGAAAAUGAGGAAAUAAAAAGAUCUUCUCCAGAGGAAAAUGAAGAAGAAGACGAUUCGGACAAAGUUAAUGAAGUGGAGUCAGAAGUCACCCAGAACAGUGGAGGAUAUUCUCAGGAAGCAGACGAAAAAGGAGAGUUAGAACUAGAGAACGUAAAUCAGGAGGACGUGGAAGUCAAAGAGGACAAUAAAGAGGAAAGAGUAGAAGUGGAAGAAUGUCCUCAAACUAAUAACGAAGAAAACAAUAAAGUGAACACGAAAAAGACCCGCAACAAGAAGAGAAGAAACAAGAAGAAGAGAAAGCCUCCUGGAGAAGAGGACAGCAGCAGGUUGUGCGUGGUCCAGUCUAUGGUCCUUCAAACGCACAAUGAAAACUUGCACAGUAUCAUGUUACCUGCUGAAUUCCAGGAGCUCCUCCAGAAAAAUGAAAAGGGUCUCGCCUUCGUCAAAUGUAAGAACAAAGUCGUGCUCAACUUCAUGCACCAUGACAAGGCUCAUGUACGAGCUGUGCUUAGCAGAUGUUCCAAAUCUACUGCUGAGGAAGUUCUCGUUGAUCUCCAGAAAUUGCUUCUGAGGAUUCUAAAAUAG